AUGACUGGCCAAACCAACAUCGAUCCGAAGGACAUCCAAGCCCAUCUGUCCAAUUACAAGGGCGACAAGUACGUCGAAGGCUGGGCUACACUAUGGGAUCAAGGUGACAGCCUGCCCUGGGACAAAGGCUUUCCAAAUCCGGCGUUGGAAGAUGCCCUGGCCCAGCGACGUGCAAUCAUCAGCGAGCCCAUUGCCUGGGAUGCACAGGGCCGGCUAUACAGACGGAAGGCCCUGGUGCCAGGCUGUGGCCGGGGAGUCGAUGUGCUGCUGCUGGCUAGCUUCGGAUACGAUGCCUACGGGCUUGAGUAUAGCGCCACUGCUGUCGACGCCUGCAAGAAGGAGGCAGAGGAGCAUCAUACUCAGUAUCCGGUGCAAGACCAGACAAUUGGUCGCGGCAAGGUCACCUUUGUUCAGGGUGAUUUCUUCGAUGAUGCCUGGCUGCAGAAAAUUGAGGGGUCUGCGAAUGGGUUCGACCUUGUCUAUGACUACACGUUCUUCUGCGCUUUAAGGCCGGCACUUCGCCCCAAGUGGGCUCUCCGACACACCCAAUUGCUAGCUCCCUCGCCAAUAGGAAAAUUGAUUUGCCUGGAGUUUCCUCUUCAUAAAGACCCUCAGGCCCCGGGGCCGCCAUACCCCUUGUCUUCGGAGGUGUACAUGGCGCACCUUAGUCAUCCAGGGGAAGAGAUCCCGUAUGAUGACAAUGGUCGUGUCCAGUUCAACCCUCUACAGGAACCGAGCGAAGCUGGACUUAAGAGAGUGGCGUACUGGCAGCCAGAGCGAACGCACAAAGUUGGCCAGGAUGAGGAUGGUGUAAUUCAUGACAGAGUUUCUAUUUGGAGUCGACGUUCUUAG